CAAAAUUCCACCGAUGCCCGGGCCACACCUCCCCCUUCUCUUGGCGAACCGUCCUAUGAAUUAGAGGAAAGCCUACGUUCAUCAGUACCAUCUUCAUUUAGAAGCAGUCGCUUAUCUGUGGCUACUGCUGCCUCAACAUAGCCUAUACAAUGGAGUUUGUAGUGUCCUUGUUUCUGCUGUGCUGCGUUUUUGUGACUGUGGUUAAAUGCGACUCGGGCCCAUUAAUAGAUGUAGUUGUCGAUCGUUACGAUAUCCCAAGUGUUUGUCCACGAGAAGUUGGAACAGAGGAUUUUGUCCGAUAUCACUUUAAUGGUACAUUCUUCGAAGGCGGAAAGAAGUUCGACUCAAGCCAUGACCGAGGAAAUGCCUUCAUCAGUCAGGUGGGAUUGGGGCGAAUGAUCACCGGGAUGGACCGUGGCAUCAUGGGCAUGUGCGUCAACGAGCGCAGAAAAAUAACCAUCCCGCCACACCUCGCCUACGGAAGCAUUGGAACAGGUGGCGUCAUUCCCCCAGAUGCCGUGCUGGUGUUUGACAUCCUCCUGCUGGAUAUCUGGAGCAGUGACGACAAGGUCCAGAUAAGCACCAUCAGCAAGCCAGAGAAAUGCAAGCGCACUGUAGAGGCGUCUGACUAUGUGCGCUACCAUUAUAACGGCAGCCUAUUGAGUGGCACGUACAUUGACACCAGUUUCUCUAGCAACAAAACAUACGAUACCUACGUGGGCAAGGGUGACCUGAUCCAAGGCAUGGAAGAGGGCCUGCUGGGCAUGUGUGUUGGGGAGAGACGGAUCGUGGUCGUACCGCCGUUUCUGGGCUACGGAGAGAAAGGCUACGGGACCAAGAUCCCUCCGCAGGCCACACUGGUGUUUGAGGUGCUGCUGGUGGAUCUGUUCAACACUAAUGACGACAUGGAGGUGGUGAUCACCAGGCUAGCGAAGAACUGCACCCGCAAGACGGUGAAGGGCGACUACAUCCGCUACCACUACAACGGCACCUUCCUGGACGGCAGUGCCUUCGACUCAAGCUAUAAGCGGAACAGCACGUACAACACCUACAUCGGCAUGGGCUACGUGAUCCUGGGGAUGGACCGAGCCCUGCAGGGUCUGUGCAUCGGAGAGAGGCGAAGGGUCGUUGUGCCACCUCAACUGGCCUAUGGAGAACAGGGUGUAGAAGAUCUUAUUCCCAGCUCGGCAGUCCUUGUCUUUGACAUCGAUGUCAUUGACUUCCACAACCCUAAAGACCCCAUCGAGAUCAAGGUGACCCACAAGCCCAAGGAGUGCAACAUGACCAGCGAAGGAGACGACAUGAUUCAGUACCGCUACAACUGCUCACUGAUGGACGGCACCUUACUCUACUCCUCGGACCACUAUGACUCAGCGCCCAUCACAACUCUGGGGGCCAAUAAGGUGAUCCUGGGUCUUGACGAUGGUCUGAAGGGCAUGUGUGUGGGUGAGAAGAGGGAGGUCAUCGUCCCCCCACAUUUGGGUCACGGUGAAAAUGGAGCCUCGGGUGUCCCUAAAAGUGCGGUACUGUUCUUUGAGCUGGAGUUGCUGAGCCUGAGCAAGGGUGUGCCAGACGGGUACAUGUUUGUGUGGCUGGGAGACAGCCCAGACCCGCUGUUUCCCGCCAUGGAUCUCAACGGAGACCACGAGGUCCCAUUGGAGGAGUUCUCCGCCUUCAUCAGGAUUCAGGUGAGCGAGCUGAAGGGGCGCCUGCGCCCGGGGAUGGACGCCAGUGUCAUCAUCAAGGACAUGUUCGACAACCAGGACCGCGAUAAGGACGGGAAGAUUGUUCUGGAUGAACUGAAGCUGAAGGCUGAGGAGGAUUCAGACAAGGCCAGACACGAGGAGUUGUAAAGACACGAGGAGAGACAUAUAGGGAGUGGAAAUGUGGAUAUUACUGCAAUGUUUGCCGGUUAUGCAAGGUUUAGAAAGUUUUUUUUCUCAUCAUAGCUGAAAAGCUAUACAACAGCACUGGUCAUUAUUAUGCAAUCUGUAUUUAUGUUUUUUUUUCUCAGUUGGUGGCCUUAAAAAAGAUAAUUCCAAAAUGUGAAACAAUAUUAAUCUAUUCAGUAAAGAUAUGUUUCCUCAAGAACACUUCCCUAAAUGCGUUAUGAACCAUUUGGGCUGGGCCCAUUGUAACAAAUGUCUUAAGAUAAGGUGAACAGCCUAUGUAAAGAAGGCAUGUGUGUGGGUCUGACAUGAAUUCCCACUGCCAGGCAUCAGGUUCAGGCCAGUGCAUAGAACUAUAUAUGUGCAAUACCAGAGAUGUUAUUAUAAAAGUUCUUUGUUAACCAUAUCUUGUAAUGUUUUUAUAAUAAAAAUGUAAUUCAAAUCAA